AUUUCUUAACCGGCCAGUUAAGAGACCUCCUUAUCGGACCCUUAACCGUGACGCGUGACCCGCUGUGCAAGCUGCUACCAAGUAGUUCGAAUCAGUAGUAAUCAUCAAGCCCGUAAGUUCUUGCCCAUCAGCAUAUUACAUUGCUUUGCCACCAUAUCUUGACCCUAUAAAACGUACAGACCAAUCACAAGCAAGACACAAUUCAUAAUGGUUCGAGCUGUUAAAGACCUUGAGGAAUACAAGAAGCUGAUCGAGGGAGAUAAGCCUGUCAUCGUCGACUUCUGGGCAACUUGGUGCGGACCUUGCAAGAUGAUCUCGCCUCACUUUGAAAAGAUGGCCGGUACCACCGAGGGCGUCGAGUUCAUCAAGGUCGACGUUGACGAUGCUCCUGAAAUCUCCGAGUUUGCCGGAAUUAGGGCCAUGCCUACUUUCAUCGCUUACUCCAAGGGAAAGGAUAUCAAGACCGUCACUGGUGCCAAGCCUGCUGAGCUCAAGGCUGCCGUUGAGCUGGCUGCUGCCGCUGCCAACUAAGGUCUGGACCGGUAUCGCUCUAGAAACACAUGCCUCUCUCCGUACGAUUUGACCUCUGAUCGCAGGAGAUUCUGGCAUAUCGUGAGAUCUCGAGGGUUAUGUUCUGUGCAUCAACGACACGACGAGACUGCUAGAAGUCUAUACAGUAGUAUAUAGGAAAUGAAGAAAAUGAAUACUCGAUAUCUGUCAGAGGCCUCAGAGGCUUAUUAUUAUUGUUGACCGUUGAUCGCUGUCGGAAGCAGAUUGUUGAACCCGGCAUGAUCGUGAUGCGUGAUGAUGAACAUUCCGAUCCAUAACUCACUUUAGG